AUGCCGACUCACCACCCUAGAAAUCCGCCUCUGCCUUCACCAACGCGUACGAUCUUCGAUCCGUUCAAUUCUUCCUCGACGGGCCAUCAAAGAGCAGAGAACCGACUGUCAGGGAGCACGUCAUGGCGCGACUCACGAACACAUAAGCUUACACAUCAGCUCAGAGACGCCACCGGGCGUGGCGGACACUUGCACGUGUCCGACCUGGUAGGAGCAGGGAGCGAGAACUUCAACCAGGAUGGCCGCAAGGAGAACGGAGACUGGGAAGUGGGGGCACCAGGGUUGAGGGAAGAAGGAUUGCAGGAUAUCAGGGGUCUUUUGAACGGGAGCCGGAAGCGAUUGGUUGCGCGCAGCACGAAUACAGACUCGAAACACGAAACCAAGCGAUCGAAGUUGAUGGACGGACGGCACGAGGAUACGGUAUCAGAUCGUGAAAACCUCCUACCCCCGUCGGGCAAGCAAGCAAAUACACAAGACGCCUCUGCAUCGCCAUCAGCUUCUCAAACGGCACCCCAGAUCUUCCGCAAUCUCAGCAUGUACCUGAACGGCUCCACCGCACCGCUAAUAUCCGACCACCAACUCAAGCAUCUCUUUGUGCAGCACGGCGGCAAUACCUCGAUAGCCCUCGGCCGCCGCACGGUCACACAUGUCAUCCUGGGCAACGAGCUUUGCGGUGGGCUGUCCAGCAGGAAGAUCGACAAGGAAGCCAAGCUCGUGCGUGGCUUGGGGAAGGGCGUGAAAUACGUUACCGCGCAGUGGGUCGUGGACAGUGUCGAGAAGGGUGUGAGACAGCCCGAGAGUAGAUACGUGCCAAAGGGCGUCGAGGGCAGGCUGGGAGGGAGCGGGCAGGCCAGUAUUCGGGGAAUGUUUACGCAGGGGACGAAAUGA